AUGCCGGUGCCUUCCUCGUGGACCACUCCCAUCCGCGAGCUGCGUGAAGAGGUACACCAGGAGCUCCAGAACUUUUCAGCUCGCCUUGCCGCCGUGGAGGCCCGUUUGGCAUCACCGCUGACGCCCGGCGGCGAGGCCCGGCAACGGCGACAGAGCGUGUGGAAGACACCGACAGCGCAGACGGCGCAAUCGGAGCCCUCCGAGGUGACUCCAAAAUCCACAAACCGAAAGAUUUGGAAGACUAACUCAGACGCGCCGGGCACUCCCUCGAACUAUGUGGAGACCAACCAGCCGCAUGAGACCUGGUUGAAUGCGAAUGAAGCAGUGACGCUAGGGAUUGACGAGAGUCCCAAUGCGGCUGGAGAAAGGAUGUCUCAGGCAGGUUCCACUGAAAGUGAUCAUGGCAUGGAGGAGGUGGAAGUGCAUUUCGAGGAAAGUGCUUGGAGUAUUCCAAUGGUCCUUGGACUGGUCGAUGCCGGGAAGUUUGACACCGUCUAUGCAGUGGUGCUGCUCUUUGUCAACUGCGGCAUGCAGAUCAUGUUUUCAGGGAUCUUGCUCUCCGAUGGCUUCCAGGGAGAAGAGUUUAGCAACCAAGUGAAGCAUGCCCAAGUGUGGCGAACCAGUGUGGCGCAUGACUACAAGUACAUGGAUCCUUGGAAAGAAGCGUCGUCACACGGGUUUGCACUGGUGAUGGUGCAUUGA